GUCACCCUGACUUUGACUCUUGAUCCAAGAUUGCUCCGGCCCAGCCAGCCUCUCUCGGGAAGGGCCUCGUUUCUGGGGGAUGAGCGAGACACAAGCCAGAUCCUCAGCCAGCAGGACCAUUGCAAAUGCAGCCCCAGGCUCUUUCCCUACUGGAGAGAGAACACGCACUCAGGUGCACGAUGAAGCCGUGGAUAUCGCUGGGGCACCAUCCUGUGGAGGUCUCCACUACCCCAUCCGCCACCUCUUGGAGCUGCCGGAGGAGUCAAGCCCCAAGGAGGUGGUCCUCCGGAUUGUGCGCGCCGCCCGCCUCCAGCCAGCGGCUGUGAUGCCGAUCCUCGUGGUGACGCUCCAGCAGGGCCAGGCAAGUGUCUGGCAGAAGGUGGCCGUGUACCGCAGCCUCCGGGCCAUGUUGGAGCACGGCCUGGAGGUGGAGCCCGUGCGCGAGUUCAUCGCCGCCGCCUCGGAGCAGCUGAGAGCAUCUCCGGGGGAGACGCCCCGGGAGCUCCAGCUGGCUGCCAGCAAUGCUCUGGCCACCUUCGCCCGCGGCCACUUCAACCCCAUCAUGAUGGAGCUCCAGAGGCAGCUGAGGCCCUUUGCGCAGCCCCACGAGUUCACCCUCCUCACCUUGGGCAAGAUUGCGGCUGCCAACGUGUAUGGCUACGUUCCCUUCUUGGGCAUCACCCUGACUACCAUGCAGACGGUCACCCGCCGGCUGGAGGAUUCCGGGAGGCGCCGGGCCCUUUGUACAGCCCUGGGGCAGAUGUGUGGGGCAAUUCGGAUCUACCUGCGGAGCUGGGAGAAGAGCUCCUAUCCCCGGAUCAGUGUCCAGCAGUUCUCUGCCUACCUUCUCCCGCUCUAUACCUGCCUCAGUCGCACCUGGCUACCUGCCAGCGACUCCCAGCAGGUCAAGCUGGCGAUUCUGAAGGCACUGGGUCCCAUGCUGAGCAUCCUGCUGCCCAGGACAGAGUUCCAGGCGCAGAUUUUUGAUGACAUCUCUUUGCUCUUGGCACAGUACGAAAGCAACGCCCAAGACCUUUACGUCACAAAGAUCCUGGCCCAGAUUUUGCAAGCUUCUCUCGCCAACAACAACCCAAUCCCGAGGAGGCACGUGGAACCCCUUGCUUGCGCUCUGACCCGCCAGAUCUGUCCCAGGGGAGAGAAAAGAUCUCCCAGCUGUCACACGAGGGAGAACCACGCUGAAAUCUCUCACAUCUUCCUGCAACUAGCUCGUUUGCACCCCACGGCCCUGCUGGGGUUCUUCCAAAGGGAGCUAGAGGCUCACCAGGAGGAGAUGUGCGUGGCCCUGCUGGUCUUGCUGUCCAGGAUCGUCGGCGCCCAGCUGCCCGAACUCUGGAGCAGGAGGCAGCUGUGUGUGAAGGCAGUGAAGGCCGUGCUGGGUGACGAUGGCCCCAAGGUCCGCCUCGCCACCCUGCAAGCCAUUGGCCAGCUGCUGUGCACUGGCUACCUGGAGAGAGUGGAAGGCUGGCCGCUGAACUACAUCUCCCUGCAGCUGGCCGUGUCUGCCCACCAGCUGGGCCACCCGACGCCUGGCCUGCCGUUGGGCGGGCUGGAGGAGAAGACGAUCCAGAGAGCGAGCAUGGAGGUGCUCUGUGAAGCUGUUACUUCCAAGAGGGGGACAAGUCAGGAGCUCUGGACCAAGAUGCUCAGCUUCCUCCUACAGCCGCACUACACCGACUCUGCCACGCCCCUGUGCCGUGGCCUGACUCUGUUGGCCUGUGAGCGGCUGCGGUGGGUGGUCGGUGAGCAGAGCAACUUGAAGCCAGGGAAUUCUGCUGCUCCCCAGGAGCUGCUGGCCCGGAUCUUGGCCCUGGUGGUGUCCCCCUUCGAAGGAUCUGGGCGCGGGGCAGCGGCGCUGCUGCUGCUGAAGGCCUUGCGCCCGGAGGUCUACAAGGACGUGGCUGAACAUUGGUGGGUGGAGGUGCCCAUCAUGGUCAAUUAUCUGCAAGGACACAGCCGGUACACACUGGAGCCAGCUGCCUGGGAGCUCCAACUGCUGGAGUUCCUGAAGAAGUCCAUACGGAGGAACCAAGAGAGCGGCUGGAACCUGGCCCUGGGGAAGGAAAUCAUGAAGCAGGUGCAGGCCCAUCCCAGCUCCACCGCCGAGAAGUUGUUCCUCUACAAGGCCUUGGGCACAGCUUUGUCCGCUGCACGGGAUUCAUCCGGGGUGGCACUGCAGCUCCAGGAUCUGCUGUUGCACACGGAUUACAUGGAUGAAACCGAACAGAAGGGCAUUUGUUCAUGCUUGAAUUACUGUGCAGAGGGUCAGCUGAGUGCGGUGCUGAGAGCUCUGAGCUGGCUGGAGGAGGAGAUUUCGGAGGGAGAAGAUUCAGGUCAUCUCCAUCUGGGCCAGGGCUUGCCCCAGCCGGAGAAGAGCCGGAUGAAGGCUGCCCUCUUGCGGCUGUACAGCAGUGUGACGACCCGGGCCCCCCAGGAUGAGCUGCUGCUCCAGCUGGCAAGUGUGAUAGUGCCCAAGAUCCUGCACCAUUACAAGCCGGGCAGCCCGGAGGGAGUCAAGGGCACCCAGCUGGCCCUCAGCUUCAUCCAGUGUGUGUCUGAGAUCAGCCUCUCCAUCCAGGGCAGGGCAGACCCCACAACUUUCCAGCUGCCCCAGAAAAGGGCACUUCUGGAACAUCUUGUGGACAUUGUCAAAGCAGAACCACUGGAUGCCCUUGUUUCUCCCGUCCGCCAGCAGGCAAUGGCCGCCCUCCGGCAUCUGAGCAAGGUCCCAGAGCUGCUGAGCCUGGAAGAAAACGUUGCACUCGUGGAGGCCUGCUUGCACAGCGUCAUUGCCUUGCCUCCUCUGGAGCUCGCGAAGGGUGCCAGCCAGACUCUGUAUGCCGGUGCCUUGGCUUCCCUAGCGGAGCUGGUCGAAACUUUAUUGGACAACAGCGGAGAUCAUAACAGUUCGGAGUGGUUCCAGGGAGGGUUCCAGGCCGUCUUCCGGCUGCUGGAAUACUGGUUGGGGUCGGAGCAUGAAUGGGAGCGGGCCCGGGCCAUGCACCUGGGCGUCCACCUGCUGUGGACCUAUCGCCAGAAGAGCUCCCCUCCUCUGAGGAUUCCUCGCAAUGAGUUUGGCUACCUGGUGGGUGUGCUGGGGCCUUUCACCUGCGACACGCUGAGCAGCAUCCGUCAGGGCGCAGGAGACUGCAUCCAGGCCCUGCUGGGCAUCCAAGGCAACCGGACGCCUCAAGGGCCAAAACGCCAUGACCAGGCGUGGAGACUGCAGUGCAUUCAGCAGGAUCUUCCGAGUGAAAGCUCCCGGGUGGUGCGCAUCGCCUCUUUCCAGCUGGCCAAGGUGGUUAGCCGUACUCUGCCCUCCCAGGAGAUUGUGACCUUUUUGCGGACCUUGCUGGAGCAGCUGAGGACUGUGGGUGUCGCCUGCGACCGGACGGUCCUCCUGUGGUUCGAGGUGGCGGUCAGGGAGCGGGGACGGGACCUGAGGGACAAGGUCCGCAGCAUUGUGGCCAUCGUGUGCUCCUACCUUCAGCCUUCCAAGGACCCUGGCAAACGCCUGUUCCUGACCCGAGCCGUCUGCAUCUUGGCUGAGCACCAUUGCAGGAUGGUCUGUGCUUCCCUCUUGAAUCAGCCCCUGUUCCAAGACAGGGCAAGGAAGGAGCUCUGGACAGCCCUGGUGACCUACAAGGACUGCUGCACUCCCAUCUUGAAGUAUUUGCUCGGCUGGCUGAGCCUGGAGGCCUACAGCUGUGUGCCGGUGCUCACUGCCCUCCACGAGGCCGUCUCCGGCCUGAAGAGCUGUGCCAGUCUGCUCCCGAUGCUCUCGGAACUGUGCCACAUGCUCCUGUGCCAGCUCAGCCGACUUCUGGGCGACGAGACCCUGAGGAGCGACGGGACGGGACCCCAGACGCCUUUCAGGCUCGCAGCUGCGGUGCUGCAGGCGGUGCUGUACAAGGUGCUCCCGGAGGUGGCCAAGGAGUUAGACGCAGCGAACACCUGGAUGUUCCUGGUGCAGCCAGGCGGCUUCCUCAAGGGCGUUUCCCUGCUGGCCAGGGCCUUGGCACGCUCACGGGGGGCCUUCCUGGACGGGCUCCUGCAUCACCUCCUGCCCCCUCUGAGCUCCCCCGAAGUACCCGGCAUCAACCUCAGCCUGGCCUUCUGCAUGGAGCUAACAGGCCACCCUGUGAUGCGCAAUCCAGAAACACUUGACCUGCUCGUCCAAAGGCUGCUGGCCAAAUUUGAAUCCGGCAACGCCGCUGAACGCCUGCUGGCAGUGCAAGGCCUGGGGAACGUGGCGGAGGGAGCGCCAGAAGAGGCCAAGAAGCACCAGAAGGCUUUUCUGGCGACGUUGCUCCAAGCUACAGAUGAUGCUUCCAGCCUUGAGAUCGCCUGCGAGGGUCUGCGCGCCCUGGGCAAGGUGUGGGGGUGCCUCGGGGGACGCCGCGUGGGUUACGCUCUCCGGGCUGCAGCCAGCAGAGCCCGCCUGCACCUCCAGCAGGCCGAUGAUGCCCUCCGUGCAGCCGCCUUUGAGCUCUUUGGCCAACUGGCCCAGGCAGCCCCACCCAAGCACGCCAAGUCCUUCGCCAAGGAGGUGGGACCUGCCUCGGCCGCCCUCUUGCUGCACUUCCGCGAUCCGAGCCCUGCUGUGGCCAAGGCCUGCUACACAGCUUUCCUCCACUGUGCUCUGUUCAUGGGCCUGCAGGAGCUCGCCGGAGACAUGGACGCUGGGCUGCUGACGGACGCCUUGGGGGCGCAGCACACUUGCCUGAUGGGCAAAGUCUGCAGGCAGCUGGCUCAGACAGACCCAGCAUUGCUGGACGCCGUGAUUGCAGAGGUGCCUCGCUACGCCCACUGCACCUGGGAAGGGAUCCGGCUCGCGGCUUGCAAGCUGGCAGGGAUCCUGGUGGAGGCCAUGGAGACACAGCACCUUGUGGGGCUAGACCUGGAGCCGCUCCUGCAGUCUCUGCAGGCCUUGCACAAGGAUCCCUGCCCAGCCAUCGAGGCCGCCGCCUCGGAAGCCGCUCGUAUCGUCCAGCAGAAAUGGCAGGAAGGAGCUGAUGCGGGGGCCUGUGGGCGCCGAGGAUGGCUGCUGUUUUCAGGUUGGCUCUUCAGCCGGCGGCCAAAGGAGGGCCUUGUUGGUGUGCGGCCCAGGCCCAUCUGAAGAGGACGUGUUGGGAACGAGGGGGUACAGAUGUCCAAAUACAGCCCCUUGCACUGCUGAUGGUCUCAGCAGGAAGUUGGGGUAAGCAACGAGGUGGCCAGAUUUGCAGAUGAUACCAAACUCUUUCAGGCAGUGGAAUCCAAAACGGAUUGUGAGGAGCUCCAAAAGGAUCUCUCUAAACUGGAGCUCAAUCCACAGCAUCAAAUAAAGCAAAGAACUAGCAAGGCUGCUUGUUCCCAAACUCCCAGGAACCCCAUGGUUUCCAGUCAACCCGUGUCAGAUGACCCCGUGUCGGAUGACCCCGUGUCGGAUGACCCCAAGAGGUAUGUGGUCAGCAGCAAUUCUUUUUGAGGACUGUGAACUGUCAUAAAAGAGACGUCAACCAUCCAAAGAUAUUGUAAUACAACUGCCCGGACAUUUAUUUUAUUAGGGAGGUUGUCGGUGAAUAGCCCAGGCAAGUUGGCCAGUGUUUCCUCAACAGGAGUUCGUGCUUAGGAGAUAGCUGGUGGUUAUCUCUCUGUGUAUUAGGAUAAGACACCUGUCAGAGCUUGGGCAAAGGGACGCCCUUCCAGCUGAGGAGGGGGUGAGCAUGUGUGUGAGUGUGAGGACAUGGCAACCAGCAACUGAAAAAAGCCAAGAGACAGCUGCGAGUUAGCUGAAGGUUGGAAAUAUCUUGUGGGUAAAGUAAAGACUCUCUCUCUGGAGAUCAGAUGUGUGAUUGCUGGCCCACUGCCUUGUAGGAGCUUGUU